UUAAUCAUAAAAAUCUAGGUCUAAUCCAACAAGUAAUCUCCACCCUAAUCCAAAUCCAUCGUCAACCGACAUGCUUCAAAAUAAUUAAAUUGCCACAUUCUCCAUCAUCUUUCAAACUACGAUCAAAGUUGCCAAACAAAUCUUUGUGCUUGGCAUAAGAUUAUAGGAAACACGCCACUUGACCUACAAAUUAAGAAGACUUUCCAUUUGCAAUUGUCCUGACAUCAUAACGAGAGUUAUCACCUGACCUCAAUUAUCUUAAAGACUCUUGAUACAAGGACCAACACAUUAAGAACCCCACCAUCACUUUGGUCCUUGAUGAACCAUGAGCUACACUACUUGUAGGGGGAAUAUCGCAUAAAUAAUGCAUUAUUAGCUCUUUCUCCUAAAUUUUGAUAAGAAAAACUAUUCCCCCAAUUGCACUGCCAAAUUUGCCAACAUGAAGAUAACUUUUCAGCUGGCAAUUUUCUCUCUGGUUCUGUCUUGUGUCCUUGCAGAGAUUUCAGCUCAGAAAGAAGCAGAGUCUCUCAUUAUCUGGAUGAAAAGUUUGAACUCUCCCUUCCCGCCUUCAUGGAAUCUUACAAACAACAGCAAUAGUCCAUGCAACUGGAUUGGCAUUACGUGUGAUGAAGAAGGCAGUGUUGUUGAGAUAAUGCUUCCCAAUGCAGGCCUAGAUGGCACCCUUAACAGGUUUGAUUUUUCUGCCUUUCCUAAUCUCACUACUUUCAAUGUCAGUUUGAAUAACCUGGCUGGAGAGAUACCUGCUGGAAUUGGAAAAGCAACAAAGAUGAAAAUACUUGAUUUGGGUACCAACAAUUUCACCUAUCCAAUCCCCAAAGAAAUGGGAAACCUCAUAGAGUUACAAAUUCUUCGUCUCUCUAACAACUCACUCCUAAAUCAAAUACCAACCCAACUUAGUAACCUGCAGAAACUAAGGCUUCUUGAUCUGGAGGGGAAUUAUUUAGGGAAUCCUGACCCUGCUCAAUUUAAGGGCAUGGCAUCCAUAACAGAACUCAAUCUCGCCCAUAACUCUCUCACAGAGGUUCCCCCAUUUGUUUCCAAAUGUCCAAAGCUGGUGUCUCUUGAUGUAUCACUCAACAUCAUCACUGGGCAGAUUCCAAUACAUUUACAGGCCAGUCAUAGGAACCUGACCAUCCUAGUCCUGUCAAACAACUCCUUUGAGGGGCUAAUUCCGAAAGAAAUUAAGAACCUUUCAAACCUCAAAAAGUUAAGACUUGAAUAUAACAAUCUGAGUGGUAAUAUACCAGAGGAGAUUGGUCUCUUGUCAAACCUUGAGGUGCUUGAAUUGCAUCAAAAUGUCUUCCAAGGUCCAAUACCAUCAUCAAUUGGAAAUCUUCGUAUGCUUCAGUUUUUGGAUCUUCACAAUUCAGGGCUAAAUUCCAGCAUCCCAGAUGAGAUAGGCUUCUGCAACAACCUUACCUUUCUUGAUAUGUCAGGAAAUAGCCUGACAGGUCCCUUGCCUCUUUCCAUGGCUUCAUUAACAAGGAUCAAAGAUUUGGGAAUCUCUGAUAACAAUUUAUCCGGAGAACUUCAUUCAUCUCUUGUUUCCAGUUGGCCAGAACUCACUUCUUUACAACUCCAGUUGAAUCACCUUUCAGGAAGACUUCCCCCAGAGAUUGGUUCACUUCACAAUCUAACUCUCCUGUUCCUAUAUAAUAACCAGUUUUCGGGACCAAUACCUCCUGAAAUUGGAAACUUAUCGAGCAUAAAUGAUCUCGAACUCUCCAGCAACUCUUUCAAUGGUUCCAUCCCAUCAACAAUCGGAAAGUUACACAAGCUCCGCAUAUUACAUCUGUCCUCAAACCAACUAAUUGGAGCCCUUCCUCCUGAAAUAGGUGAUUUGGAAAGCUUAGAAGUGCUGGACCUAAGUGAAAACAAUCUUGCAGGACCUCUGCCCUCAUCAAUAAUUCGUUUGAAAAACAUCACUCUCCUUCAUCUUUAUUCCAAUAAUUUCUCAGAUAGCAUUCCUGAAGAUUUUGGACCUACCUUUCUAACGAAUGUGAGCUUUGCCUACAACAGCUUUUCCGGAAAGCUCCCUUCAGGAAUAUGCAAGGGAGGGAAUCUUAUCUAUUUGGCAGCCAAUAUGAAUAACCUAUUGGGUCCAAUCCCAGAAAGUCUAAGAAACUGCACUGGACUAAACAGAGUCUUGCUUGGAAACAAUCUUCUCAGUGGAGACAUUACCAAUGCAUUUGGUAUAUACCCAGAUCUGGAAUUCAUUGAUUUAGGACAUAAUCAGCUCUCUGGUUCAUUAUCAAGUAACUGGGGAGAGUGCAAAAGGCUAGCAAGUUUCAGCAUAUCUGCCAAUAAGGUACAAGGGAAUAUUCCUCCUGAGCUUGGGAAGUUGCCAAAUUUGCAAAAACUUGACCUAUCUGACAACAAUCUCACAGGAGACAUCCCUGUGGAAAUUUUUGGCUCAUCUUCCUUGCUACUCAAUCUAAAUCUGAGCAGCAAUGAUCUCUCAGGUCAGAUACCAGCAGAGAUGGGAGAACUUGCAGAGCUGCAGUGCCUGGAUUUGUCAGCAAACAAUCUGAGUGGGGCAAUUCCAAACAAACUAGGAAACUGCAGUAAACUUAUAUCCUUGAAACUGAGCAUGAACAAGUUAGAAGGGCUUAUGCCGAAUGAGCUUGGGAAUUUGGUUUCCUUGCAGCCUCUUUUAGAUCUCAGUCAUAACUUACUAAGCGGACAGAUAAUCACACAGCUGGGAAGUCUGAAAUCCCUGGAGGUUUUGAAUCUUUCUCAUAACCAGCUUUCUGGGGCAAUACCUUCUGGUCUUGAAGGACUUAUCAGCCUACGGUCAGUUGAUAUAUCCUACAACAAACUUUGGUCCUGA